AUGACUGGACUUGGAUCGAUGAGUAGUAGUAGUAGUGGCAUUCGGAAUGACGGCACGGCGGCUCUUUCGGGCAGCAUGAGAAGAAUCGUCAGUAGCUCGAAAAUGAAAAUGAGAAUGCCAUUAGAACUCAAAUUGGAACGACUCGUCGAACACGAAAAUGAAUCCAGAUCCUCCUCACGAUCGUCGUCACAUGAACAAUUAUUUUCACAACAAGAAACACAACAACAAUCAGCAUCAUCAACACGCAACACUACUAUACAUUCUUUACCACAAGGCACUCUACAAAAAUACGGACUCGGAUUUCAAAAAUAA